GAUCACACAGAGUCAUACAUCACUGUGUUGACUGAGCAGGAGGACAGUAUCACAACAGCAGUGAGAGAGGUAGAGAAAGAAUCAGACACAGACAAACUGAUCAGCAGAAGAGAUGACAUCUCACUGCAAGGCACAGCUGCUAUCACCACAGCUGUAAGAGAUGCAGAAGGAGAAGAAGAUGUGAUAAUGAAAGUAGUACUCUCACAGCUCAUUGACACUGCUGUCUCUGUCUUCAAUCUAGCUUUCUUAACAGUCAUGAAGACUGCAGCUGCAUCAUGA